AUGGAAAAAGUCAGUUUGAACAAUGUGCAGUUGGACGUGUUGGCCAGGAGUCAACCCAGUUUGAAACCCUAUUUUUACGGCACGGUGCCUUGCGAUCGUUUACCCGAGAAACCCCACAAGAAAGGACCCAUGGGUUACAUCGUCAACACGGACCCUCAAGGCCAACCGGCAUUGGAUUGCACUAUGGACGUGUCAGGACGCUUGCGAGAUCAUGGACAGUUACGCGCUGCCCUUGGACACCUACAUGACCACGGAACCUUUACAGAGGUGGUUGGAUCAACAUUGGAAGUUCAACGUCCACAACGGCAAGAGUCUGCAAUCGCUGUACAUUGUCCCUCUCCCCACGUUGAAUUUGUUUCGGGUACCACCCACGGAUCUGAGUAUCUCGAGUUAUCGUAUGGUACCCAUUCAUCCUUUCACCACGGGCAUCAACCCGAUCGAUUUUCAGAUCGAUCCGCAAGAAGAUUACAUCGAUUUGUCUCGCAGUUACUUCGAACUUCGAACUUCGAACUGGAAUGCAACAUUGCACACUCCCUCUUCAAACAGAUCAGCGUGCGACUCAAUGGUACGCUCAUCAGUCCUCAGACUGAUACCUACCAUUACAAAGCUUACAUCGAAACCUUACUGAAUUUUGACAGAGACGAUGGAGACACCAUCUUGAAACCUCAAGGUUGGUUCAAUUUUGUCGAUGUGCCAAAUGCCUUGACAGCUAAUCAACUGACUUUGGGACACGAUGAUUUCAAAGCUAUGACCCCGGAAAGACAAGACCUAGUGCGUGAGCUCAGAUCACAAGCCACUGACUUUGCUGGAGGUGUCACGCGUACUUACAGCUUCAUACCCCACAUCGCAGUGUUUCACCUCAGCAAACUCUUGAUACCCAAUGUGCAGAUUGGUAUCCAAAUGUACCUCAAUUCACCGGAUGUGUGGAUGUUGCAAAUGCAAGGUGUCAAUGCCUUCCGUCUCAACGCUGCGGAUAACAAAGUGAAAUUGUAUCUUUGCCAAGUGAGACUCAACCCGUCCGUCUACCGAGAAUUGAUGAAUGACAUGGGAAGUGGAAGAAACAUGGUCAGUUACCCCACGGUCAGAAGCGAGAUCCGGACCUACAACAUCACCCGAAAUGAGUUACAUUAUGAAAUUACCAACCCGUUCCAGAACCGGUCACCCAACAUGCUGGUGGUGGGAUUGGUAGCUUCCACAGCCUUCAACGGUGCAGGCACCGAGUAUCCCUUCACCUUCCAGUAAUUUAAUCUGACCAGCAUCAAACAAGUGGUGAGAGGAGAA